AUGAGGAUUGUAAGGAUAGUGAAGUUACCGUACUUUGUCAUUUGUUGUCUUCUCCUCAUCAUUCUCCGCUUGUUGUCUCAUCAUCCCUCAUGUGCUCCAUAUAUGAGUACUAUUAGAGGAACACAAGUCUCGUACAUUGAACCCAAAUCUUUAGGCUUACAAAGUCUACUAAAAGAAGCAGCUACAGAAGACAGGACAGUGAUUAUUACCAUGGUGGAUCGAGAAUGGGCUAAACCCGAGUCUCUUCUUGAUCUGUUCCUCGAGAGUUUUCGAAAUGGAGAAAGAACCAAACACUUGUUGAACCAUUUGAUCGUUGUGGCUUUAGAUGACAAAGCUCUUCAAUAUUGUCUUCGUGCACAUCCGCAUUGUUACCUUCAUAGAGAUUCAAGAAGUAAAUUCGAAUCUUUAAACCCGGAUGGUCUUGUUGCUGGUUGGAGGAAAAGGGCUUUGGUUAAAGAUAUUCUAGAUCUCGGUUACAAUAUGGUGUUCACUGAAGCUGAUGUGUUGUGGCUAAGGAAUCCUCUAUUGCACUGCCACCCAUAUGAUUCAUUCUCAGUGGCUUGCGGAUUCUCAUCAAGUGGUCAUCAAGCAGCAGAAAACACUGGAGGUUUCUUCUAUGCCAAAUCCAAUGAUGAAACCGUAGACAUGUUAAACAUCUUGAACGUGGAGAGAGUAGUGUAUCCAACAACUGGAAACCAAUCUUUAUGCGACAUUUUGAAGCGCAAAGAUGUAAUCCAAGGGCUUCAUUUGAAGAGUGAGAUCGAGAGUUUGAUGUUCUUCGAACAUUCUCGGAAAGCAGCUGAAGCUACCUACAUCAAAAACCCUUUAGAUGCCGAUAAUUUGACGAGAUGGGGAGGAGCGUUAUUGGAAUUGUCCCAGUUUCAGAAUCCCGAAGGCUCAAAGCAAAUGCUUCACGAUGCAAUUUUGAAGCUGGAAGAAGCGUUGAUAAUAGAUCCGAAGAAGCACAAUGCGCUUUGGUCCGUUGGGAAUGCUCAUACUUCGUAUGGAUUUAUGACUCCUGAUCAAGUAGCUAGAGAGCACUUUGAUAAAGCUACUCACUACUUUCAACGAGCUGUCGACGAGCAACCGGAGAACGAACACUAUCGGAGAUCAUUGCAAUUGGCUUCUAAGGCUCCAGAACUGCAUACAGAGGUUCACAAACAUGGUUCAGGCCCACAAUCGUUAGGCGGCGUCGCUGGACCAUCAUCAACCACUGCCUCUGGUUCAAAGACUAUGAAGCAGAAGAAGAACAGUGAUCUCAAGUAUGAUGUGCUCGGAUGGGUCAUCUUAGCCGUUGGCAUCGUUACAUGGAUCCAAUUUGCUAAAUCUCAGAUGCCACCAGCACCACCGAGGCAGUAA